GUGGAGCAUAGCCAUGCUUCCGCCCUGGGGCAUGUCCUGCUUCUCCAUGCCGCAUAGCUUCGCGUGGUGUGUGAGGGGGCGCAACAAGGAAGACGGCCAUCCAGCCUACGCCAUGGUGAUACCCAACGGGGUUGGCGCUGUGUGCUCCUUGGUCUUGCUGCUCCUCGCCUGGUACUGGCCCCCAGCACCCGCGGCACAGGGCAGGGAUGCCCCGACGACCGUCAUCAACAUUGACGACCUGGGAGUGGCACCGGCAGCCGGCCUCCCUCCCCCUGCAGCACAGACCCACGGCGUCGUCCGCAACCGCAGGGUCGCCGCCACUGACGAUGAGGCCCGGGCAAUGCUCAUCAACCCAGGCCUCGUCGAUGUGGCAAAGGCAGCCGGAACUGCCUCCGUCCCCCCUCUGCCGACACAGGCCGAGAUCCAGGAACGCGAGAGGAUCGCCGCUGAAGCUCAGGAGACGAGAGCGCUCCUCAACCAAGACCUCGUCGGAGUGUCAGCCGGCAAAACGCACGAGGAAUGACGCUCCGACCUGCACGUACGCAUGAACCGCUCUGCAACUGCAAGCAUAUAUGCAUGGUCUAUGUAGCUAGCUACUAGAGUAGAUGCUGGAAGGGGUCCCUUCUCUUUGCUUGUUGGUUUGUCUGACUCUUGUCCUUCGUCGCUAGGACACCGGCCGGCAGUGAGUUCCAUUUUGAUUUUGCGAGACAAUUUAAGUUCCGAAACACCAGUAUAAAAAA